AACUCAACCCCCCCAAACAUCAUCAUCAACAACAACACUUCUCUUCUUCUUUACACAAACUCAACAACACUCAUUCAUUGUGAAAGUUUCAAACUAACACACACACUUAAACAAAUUAAAGAAAGAACCAUUAUUACUUCAUCAGUUUUUUCUUGCUCAGCCAAAAUGCCGAGAAAAGGAAUGAGAAGCAUUUUCUUCACAUCAACGCCCACGGCAUCACUACCACCUCCUUCCCGUCAACGCACUUUCUCAGACUCGUUAAUGGACGAAAACAUAGAAACCGCAGAGAAGCUCAUAACCAAAUGGGACGAUUCCAAAGUCACAACAACAACGCAACUUUUCAGCGGCACGCGCCAGGAAGCCAAACAGUACCUAAACGCCGUGAAGGGACUACAAUCCGCUAUGCAGUACCUCGUCGCACAGGAUUCCACCUCCAGCACCCUCGUGCGCGCGCAGUUCCUCAUGCAACUCGCCAUGAAGACGCUCCAGAAAGAGUUCUACCAGAUUCUAUCCUCCAACAGAGAACACCUGGAUCCCGAAACUGUCUCCACGCGCUCCUCCGUUGACCACCGCAGCAGCGUCUCCGAUUACGACGACGAAAUCUCAAUCACCGAGGACGAGUUCCGCGUUUCCGAGACCGAGCGCGUUUCCAUGCUCGCCAUGGAGGAUUUGAAAGCCAUAGCUGAGUGCAUGAUUUCCUCCGGCUACGGCAAGGAGUGCGUCAAGGUUUACAUCGUCAUGAGAAAAUCGAUCGUCGACGAAGCGCUGUAUCAUCUCGGAGUUGAAAAAUUGAACCUCUCUCAGGUCCAGAAGCUGGAUUGGGAGGUUCUCGAGUUGAAGAUCAAGAGCUGGUUAAAAGCCGUUAAAGUCGCCGUCGGAACUCUGUUCAACGGCGAGAGGAUCCUCUGCGACCACGUUUUCGCUGCGGAUUCGGGGAAAAGAAUCGCGGAAUCAUGUUUCGCGGAAAUCACCAAAGACGGCGCCGUAUCUCUUUUGGGAUUUCCGGAAAUGGUGGCGAAGUGCAAGAAAUCGCCGGAAAAAAUGUUCAGGAUUCUGGAUUUGUACGAAGCGAUCUCCGACUACUGGCCUCAGAUCGAAUUCAUAUUCUCCUUCGAGUCAACGGUUAACAUUCGCACACAGACCGUUACGUCGAUGGUGAAACUCGGCGACGCUGUUAGAACGAUGCUAACGGACUUUGAAACUGCGAUUCAGAAAGAGUCAUCGAAGAAACCGGUCCCUGGCGGUGGUGUUCACCCUCUCACGCGCUACGUGAUGAACUACCUCACGUUCCUCGCCGAUUACAGCGGCGUGUUGGUCGAUAUAAUUGCCGAUUUGCCGCAAUCUCCGUUGCCGGAGUCUUACUACCGCAGCCCGAUGCGCGAGGAAAACCCGCCGGCUUCGGAGCUAUCGGAGCGAAUCGCGUGGAUCAUACUCGUCGUGCUCUGCAAGCUCGACGGCAAAGCGGAACUCUACAAAGACGUGGCGCACUCGUACCUGUUUCUCGCGAAUAACAUGCAAUACGUCGUCGUAAAGGUGCGCAAAUCGAACCUAGGGUUUCUUCUCGGCGAAGAGUGGUUGGCGAAGCAUGAAUUGAAAGUUAGAGAGUACACGUCCAAGUACGAGAGCGUCGGGUGGAGCGCUGUCUUCUCGUCGUUGCCGGAAAAUCCCGCGGCGGAGUUGACGGCGGAGCAGGCAAGGGCCUGUUUCGUGAGGUUCGACGCUGCGUUUCAUGAAGCGUGUAAAAAACAGGCCUCGUGGGUCGUAUCCGACCCGAAAUUUCGUGAUGAAAUCAAAGACUCGAUAGCUUCUAAGCUGAUGCAAAAGUACAGCGUGUUCUUCGAGAAGAAUCGGGUCGGGUCGAAAUCCGUUAGGGACUUUCUACCCGAUGAUAUUGGGAAAUACCUUUCUAACAUUUUGUGUGACGGAGAUUCAGUUAGUGUCUCAUCACACUCUUCGUCAACCACGUCGGCUUCCCAUCGCUCUAAUCGACGGUGAACUUGGAGAUGUCGCCGAUAAUUGAUGACGUCAUAUUCCCCCUAUUUUUUCAUAAGUUGUAGAUUUAAAUUAAAUUCUGGAAAUUGUCCUGAGUGAGUAAAAUGAGGGCAAGAUUCUCAAAAAUAAAAAAUAAAAAAUGAGGACAAGAAUACAAGAUAGAGAAUAUUCGUACAUGUAACGCGUUUAACUACUGUAUAUUACAAUUUUUUGGUCUUUCAAUUUGUUUACUGUAUAUGAUUUUUAUUUUUAUUUUUAUUAAACUUCGUAGUGGUUCAA